GGUUAGUCAAUCCACUGUCAAUUUCUCUUGGUUCUGAAUUUCAGUUCUCUCUUUUCCUCUGCAUCUCCUGCUCCUUUUUGUUUUGAGACCGAUUUGCCCUGCCUUUUCUGAACAAACGAGUCAGCUUAGGCAACGGAAAAACUGUUUGCCUUACUAGAUCUGGCCAUUUGCUUUGACAAAGAUGUGCUGUCGACGCGGCCCAUAGCCUGAUUUGGGAGGAACAAAUUUUCUUACCCAUGUCCUUCUUUUCCUGAUAAAAGGGCAGCUUGUGUUGUCUUCCGGUGCUUCUUCCAUAAUACAAAAACAGUGUGUUUCUGCAACAGUAGUGUUCUGUUCAUGGGCAACCCAAGAAGGGAUACAUGAAACUUUCUUCUGAUACGAGACAUCCGAAUUUGGGCGUGUCCUGGUCUCCUGGACACGGCAAAAAAAAUCUGCCACACCGUAUCUGAACUCUGAACAGCACACGCUCUCUCAACUGCUAGUCCUGCACAUCUGAACAUGCCUAGAGAAACAACUGCUUGAAUGGAACCAAUCCAAAGUUUAGAUGGGCCCCAAAUCCGGCCUGCCUAUAUGUGCAAGCCCAAAAUUUGGACUACAAUCCUAUAAGAAAUAUACUACACAAAUCUACCAAAAAAAACACCAAUGAGAAACUUCCGUUAAAUUUGUAUGCGAAAACUUUCGUAGAAACUCUGACCUACGGCACAAAAAGUUCAGCCAUUCUUUUUGCACCAAUCACCAUUCCCCUCCAUUUUUCAGAUAAUUCAGCAGUAGGUUUGGUUUCUUUCGUGCAACUCUUGCUUCGGCCUCGUGCCGACCCUUCACCCUCCCCGGAUUCCACCCUCCCUUCCUCUCCUCUUUUGCUGUAGCCUGUAGUAGCUUCGUCCCAAGAAACCAAACCAAACCAAACUGAAGCCGAAACCACCCUCCUUCGUCUCCUCCUCUCUCGAGAAACCAAAUCGAUCGAAUCCGACCGAAACCAUCCAUGGCGAGCGCCCCUACGGCCGCCGCCUGCUUCGGGUUGCUGGUGGCGAUGUGGGCCAUCGGAUUGGUCUCCUACCUCGACCAGUUCUUGGGUGCCCUGAUGAGCUCCGCUCGAGCUCUGCCGCCGCUCGACGUUGCUGUGGAGGUGGUGAUGGCGGUGGCGGCGAUCGGCUCCCUCAACACCGCCAUGGCGUCCAUCUACUUCCGUGUCUACAACGGCCGCGCCGCAGCUGCGAACAGGCGGAUGCUGGAUGGUGCGUGCUUCGCCGUGUGGGCGUCGGCCAGCGUCCUCCUCCACCUCAUCUUCUUCCUCCAGCCGGGCGCCAUGGACGGCGCUGAUCAAGAUCUGCUACCUCUCGCCGCCGCCGUCGUCCGCGCCCUCCUUCCAGCUUCUGCGGCGGUGACGUUCUUCGCCUCCAUCAUCCUCAUCUACGCGUAUCUCCGUAGCGGCGGCGCCGGCGCCGGCACCGGUACCUCCGUGAAGCUCCUCACCAAGGUGACCAACUCGGCUGCGCUUGUCACGAUUGUUCUUAGCCUCGUCGUCGCUGCCAUCGUUGUCUUCUACUCCGAGUAAAUUUGCCCAAAGCUUGUCGAACCAACCAUCGAUCCAAUCCUAUACCGCUGCAGUUCGUUCGGGUAAGCGACUUUAAUGUCUCGAGUGUGUGUUCAUGCUUUGUGGUGUAAUAAGAACAUAUUUCGCUGUCAAUCGUAUGCAUCCGAGUACUACUCUUUUACGCAUAAUCUGAUUGUGGAUUUGACGCAAAAACAUGAUCUAUUACGGGAACUCAACUCAUCCGGUUGGAGUCUUGGAGAUGGCGCGACGGUUUGGUCACUUUGGUGCAUGCAGUGCAGCAGCCGAGGUUUUGAGCGCCCGCCUGUCGAGGCGGGAUUAAGGUGGCCGUGCCAUGCCAGUGCCGGCGCCUACGGCGGCUGUCGCGGUUGGAGAGGUGGUCUAGCUCGCGGCGGCGCCCGCGAUGUCGCUCGGCGGCCGGCGGCGGCAUCCACUGGUUUCCGUCCAUGUGGGGCCUGCCGGGUGACGGCCUGAGGCUGAUUUUGGGGUUGGUUGGGCCGUACGUCGAGGCGAUGGCCUAUGUUCUUAGCCACGAAAUAGGUGGGCACGGACGCACGACGGGGGGCACGGCAGCCGGCGGCGGCGGCGGCUGCGGCGAGCUUGCCGGAAGAAGCAUCAGCUCCGUCCAGUUUCGGUGGAGGAUUAGCGGCCCACCGUCGCCGACACAUGUCCUUGUCUGGUUCGCAGCUUCUGGUGUGGAUUGUGGAGUUGUGUCGCUAGUGCUUAACCUCGAGGUCUGGUUGCUCAUUCGUCACUUUUUGUCUGGGGCUUUGACCUUUGUUAUGCCGUUGCGUUUGAAUAUUUUCAUUUUUGACGCGCACUCACGUAGAUAUAUACUGCUCGCGGCAGAAUGUUUUUGUUA